AUGCCCGGCUCAACGGUCGACACCCCAGGCGUUGCGCUUUCUUUCGCAAACAAUUUCUGGGGCAAAGAAGACGCUGGAGUUUCACCGCUCCUCAGUCGCAUGACUGCGGCCAAGACUACAUGCGAUGAAUUAAGAGCAUUCUAUGGCGCUCGAGCGUCGAUCGAAGAAGAAUACUCCCGUAAAUUAUUAAAUCUUAGCCGCAAACCAUUGGGGUCACAGGAGUCUGGUACACUGAAGACAUCGUUGGAUACUGUCCGAGGCGAAGUUGAACAGAUGGCCAAGCAGCACCAGCUCAUUGGCGCAGAGAUGAAAUCCGAACUCGAAGAACCACUUGCUGCCUUCACUGGAGGAAUGAAGGAACGGCGAAAGAUUAUACAAAACACUGUCGAGAAACUGCUCAAGGUCAAGAUGCAGCAAACACAACAGGUUAAUAAGACACGAGACAAGUACGAGCAGGAGUGCUUAAAGAUCAAAGGUUAUUUAGCUCAAGGCCACAUGGUCAUGGGCCAAGAAGAACGUCGUAACAAAGCGAAACUAGAAAAGACACAGAUCAGCCUCGCAACUUCAAACACCGAGUACGAGAACGCUGUCAAAGCACUCGAAGAUACGACAGCAAGGUGGAAUAGGGAGUGGAAGGCGGCGGCCGACAAAUUCCAGGACCUGGAAGAAGAGCGCUUAGACUUCUCCAAGAGCAGUCUGUGGACCUUUGCCAACAUUGCCUCCACGGUCUGCGUUAGUGACGAUUCGUCGUGCGAAAAAAUCCGACUCUCGCUGGAGGUUAUGGAUGUGGAAAAAGACAUAAUCACCUUCAUCACCGAAAAGGGAACUGGCCAGGAGAUCCCGGAUGCCCCCAAGUAUAUCAACUUCUGCCGCGGAGAUAUAACAGACAACCAGUCCGAGGCAUCAGAGGAUGACAACUACUCUGUAGCACAGUUUCCUCGAAUGAUUAAUCCUGCGUUCCGAUCAUCCUCCCCGCAACCAUCAACCUUUGAGUCGCACCAUGACCCGAACUCUGCUUUAGCCAACGAGCUGGCUCACAAAGACCUUGCUUCAGCCAAGCGCGAGGCAGAUCUUGCCGCCCAAAAGAAGGCUACCCUGCCUCCUGAUGAGAUCCUCCAGAUCGGUCAAAAACCCCAGCCUCAGCAGAUUCAGGCUCCUCCUCAGCAACGUCAACCACACCCUUCUCAGAUGCAACAUCCUUCCCAGAUUCAGCAUUCUUCUCAGCUGCAGCAUGCUCCUCAACAGCAACGGCCUUCCCAGCUGCAACACCCCUCUCAACUGCAGCAUCCUUCUCAGAUGCAACAUCCAUCUCAGUUACAGCAUCCAUCUCAACUGCAGCAUCCCUCCCAGCUCCAGCGUCCCCCUCAACUCCAACAUCCCUCUCAAAACCAGUACUCCCAGCGCCACAACCCUUCUCAGCAGGUUACUCACCACAUGGGCCACCAUAUGCAACAGCCGAUGAGGCCUCUUGAGAUGAGGCCCGCUGAUGGCAGAUCAGGGGACAUGAGACCUUCAAAUAUGCGUCAUCCAGACAUGCGGCAGCAAGAACCCAGACCUUCUUUGGAAAUGCGUCACUCUGGAGAAGUGCGGCCCUCGAUGCAGUCUCGGCCCAGUAUUGACACAAGGCAAGCAAUGGAUGCCCGAACAUCUCUUGAAGUACGACGUCCCAUAGAAGACCCGUACCGUCGUCAACAGCCUGUGGCUCAAACAUCAUACAACUCUAGUCAGCAUGGUCCAGUUGCAGCCGUGCCCCACGAUCCCUAUCCCGCGGACGGCAUGGCAAUGCUCUGCAGAACUGGUCCAAGUCCUAUUUCGGACCACAGUUCGCAAGUCACAUCUGCUCGACCUUCAAGCAGAGACUCGCAUAGUGAUUAUUCGAACCCUAACUCGUUCUCUAGUGUGGAACCACCAAGCGGCAAGACUUCGCCCGUGAAGCAAGAUCCAAUCCAGCAAGAUCCGAUGCCUACUCAAGCACCAGUAUCAGCUCCGGCCCCAGCGCCUGCAUCUCCCGCUCCUGCACCUAAGCCAGUUGUUACACCUGUGGCUGCUACCACCACUCCUAGCCCGGUCAAACUAGUUGCCAAGAAGAAGAGCGGUGGUUUCCUGAAGAAUCAUAGUCCUUUUAGGCGUAAGAGCAACAAAGAUCUUCAGCAGUCGAACAGAAACACAUGGCACGCAUCGAACCCACAGAACUCGGGUAGUCCCAUCCGCAGACCACAGUUGCAAACCCAGGAGUCAACGAAUGUGGUCACACAGGAACGUACUCAGAGUCCUGAACCUAUUGACGCCAAUGCUAGCCUGGCUCUUGGUGUUGGACAAAAUGUUUUCGCUGUGUCAAACCCCGACACCAAGAAAAAGCCUGGGGCUCCCGCUGCUGCAGAAGCUUCGGAGGAAUUAGAUCCUAUUGCGCUCGCUCUUGCUGAGUUGAAGGGAGUCACAUUGGGCAAGCAGUCAACAAGAAUGUCUGCUGAUCACUACUCGGGCAUCGCUACUCCAGCCCCUGGAUCUGAGGCAGCUUCAAGACAAGCUUCCGCUUCACGGGCGGUACCAACGGCUGCAAACCCGGAUGUCACGGCGGCAAAGAGAGGAACGCCGCCUCCAUCCUACCAAACCCCGGUAUCGCGACUCGGUGUCCCGCCACCUGCUGUUACUUCAAGGGCAAUGAAGGAAGCUACCAAGAAGGCUACCUCCCAAACUCGAAACAUGUUUGAGAACGGAGGCAACUCCCCAGGGGGCUACAGCAGCAUUGCUUCGAGGUCCAACACUCGAACCACUGAAGUAAAGCGGACCGAGCCAUCUCUAAGCCAAAGUGUUCCACCAACUUCUUCCCGGCCUACAAGCAGGACCCCUACGCACGGCAGAGGCGAGUCCGGAAGUUACAGUGCUGCUUCCAUGUCGCGUCAAGGUACCAGGGUCACAGAUAAUGGCCGUGGCGAGUCGGGAGGCUAUAGCUCAGCUUCCAUGUCUCGACCGGGCACUAGAGGAACCGAAAUGGGUCGGGGAGAAACUGGUGGCUAUAAUACUGCACCUGUCGGACGCUCAGGCACCAGGGCAACUGAUAUACCUCGUGCGGACACACGUGGUUUCAAUGCCACUCCUCUGUCCCGACCCGGCACAAGGGGAAGUGAUAUGUCCCGUGGAGGUUCUGGCAUUUAUGGCACGUCGCCAGGCUCACGACCAGGCACUAGAGGCACCGACAUGCCUAGAGCAACAUCUCCAGCACCAGCUCGGAGUGUUUCGCCCCAACCACCUAUCAACGACAACAUGAGCUAUAGGUCAGUGUCGCCUAACCCCUAUGCUGCUAGUCAACGCUCGCCUUCUGUUCUGGGCUCGCCACAGAAGCAUGGCUCAGCUCAGGGGUACUAUCCCCAAUCACCUCAACAGACUGCCAGUCGCGGACCUUCCCCUUCGCCUUACGGCCAGCAAAACCGCCCUGGGAGCAGCUAUGCAGGCAGUGACAUGGCAAUGCAGCUAGCGCCAGUCGACGACAUGUAUGGCUCGCAAAGGAGUCGAGACAGCCGACCUGCCUCUAGGGCACAGAGUUACUAUGAAGAUGGUAGCACCCGCCAGCGCAGUCAGAGUGUUGCUGAUCCCUCACGACUAUAUACCGAUGAUGGCAGAGCUAUUCUGCAUUAUGCACGUGCAUUAUACUUGUAUCAAGCUGCCAUCCCUGAGGAACUGACUUUUAACAAGGGCGAUUAUCUUGCUGUCCUCCGUCACCAAGACGACGGAUGGUGGGAGGCAGAAGUCCAUGGUGGAGAUGGAAGUAUCGGGCUGGUCCCAAGCAAUUACCUUGCGGAAUGCUAA